ACCAAACAAUGAGCAACUUGACAGACUCCAUCACAGAUUUCAUCCUCAUUGGAUUUCCUGGACUUCAAGACUACAACAACAUUCUGUUUGGCUUCUUUUUGGCUCUGUUUUUGGUCACCUGUAUUGGAAACCUUUGCAUCCUCGGUUUGGUAAUACUCGAUCAGCGGCUUCACACACCAAUGUAUUUUUUCCUCUGGAAUUUAGCUCUGUUAGACAUUCUUAUGGUAACAGCUAUCAUACCAAAACUGCUGGCUGUGUUUUUAGAACAUAAAAUGAUUUCCUUUGCUGCCUGCUUUGUGCAAAUGUAUAUGAUCAUCUCCUUUGGGACAACAGAAAUUUUACUUGUGGCAGCAAUGGCCUACGAUCGCUAUGUUGCAGUUGUUAAGCCUCUGCAUUACAAUGUAAUUGUAAAUCUCAAAACCUGCAUAGUAAUUGCAUCUACCGUUUGGAUGCUGGGAUUUCUCAUCCCAUUAAUACCUGUCACCAUGGCCUCUUACUUGCCAUUUUGUGCUUCAAAUCAAAUCAUGCACUGUUUCUGCGACUAUCCCACAGUGCUCUCAUUAGCCUGCACUGAUGUUUCAAGUCAUGCCACUGGUUCCUUGGGUUUUGUUAUAAUAUUUGUCUAUACACCUUUUAUAUUUGUGUUGUGGACAUACUUAAAAAUUAUAUCUUCUGUAAUUAAACUUAAGACAGAACAAAGUCACAAGAAAGCCUUCUCGAUGUGUUUUUCUCAUGUGAUUGUUGUGCUGCUCUACUACAUUUCCAGAGCCAUUGAUUAUAUUGCAUUGAGAAUAGACAACAUCUCUUAUGACGGACGUAUUUUGAUUGGAGGACUUAAUUAUUUUUUUACUCCCAUGGUUAACCCGAUGAUUUACAGCUUGAGAAACGAAAAGAUAAAGGCAGCGGCACAGAAGUAUUUCAGGAUUUACAUUCUCAUUCCAGAAAAAUGACACACUUCUGUCCGCAGUUUAUGAUACAAUCCUCUUAUAAUGACAGUUUUAAUAGUGUCAGCUUGUACUUUGAUUAUAAUUUACUCCAAAACACUGUACCUGUAACAAUUUAUAUUUCAAAUACUAGAAAAGUUUAUUACUAGUUCCAGU